UUCAGACAUACUGUAAAACAAAUCAUGCGGGUAAUGACUGGGCUCCUGCAGCGCUAGGGCAGGGUGUCGCAGCGGGGUUUUAUACACCGAGGUCUGCAUGACAGACAGACUGGCGCUUCGUGAUGAUGUCACUUGGAUUCCCUCCCUCCGUGUAACGGCGCAUCGUACAAUCUGCUGCUGCUGCUGCUGCUAAUACCCGCGGCCGGGGAAGCGCUCGUAGCGGCUGUGUAGGAAGGCAGGAGACAGGCCAGCCGUCACCCGGACGCGCACAUUCCCACGGUUACCGUGCUGCUGGGGGCCGACAAGCGGAGUGAUAAAGGACGAGCUGCGGCUGCAGCAGCGGACGUUUUGCGGUCAUGCUCCUGUGCUCCGCACCUCCUCCCAGGCCCCGGGGUGCAAACGGCUGAAGUAGGCGGAGUUAGCAGAAGUGCGGCGCUCUGCGGAUACACCAUCCCCAGCACGAAGCUGUGUCCUGGUGGAGAGACAUGAGGGCCACAGACGAGGAGACGCCGGAUGACGGCCCAAGUGACGUCACGGCAGAGGAGGACCUCCAACCUACUGAGAAUCCGACUAGCCCCGCCCCUGCGGAGGAGCAGCAGCAGGCGGCGCCAGAGGCGGAGGGUUCCGCUGCUGGGGGUGAUAGCGGAGCGGCUGGGAAGCUCUUCCAUUGGCUGAAGGACAGGUGUUGGGGACGAGGACUGUGCGUGGAUCCAGCCAGGGACAAUUACAGGACGAUGACCAGCCUGUACAGCUCCAUCCAGCCGGCUGACUCUGUGAGUCUGAGCACAAGGACACACGGGGCUGUUUUUAACCUGGAGUACUCCCCGGAUGGGUCUGUAUUAACUGUUGCGUGUGAACAAACAGAAGUCCUUCUUUUUGACCCAGUGUCUUCAAAGCACAUAAAAACACUAUCGGAGGCACAUGAAGACUGUGUAAAUAAUAUCAGAUUUCUGGACAACCGGUUGUUUGCAACCUGCUCUGAUGAUACCACAAUAGCACUAUGGGACCUGAGAAAGCUAAAUACGAAGGUUUGCACUCUGCAUGGACAUACCAGCUGGGUAAAGAACAUAGAAUAUGACACACAUACACGGCUUUUGGUGACUUCUGGAUUUGAUGGCAACGUUAUAAUUUGGGAUACGAAUAGGUGUACUGAAGAUGGUUGUCCGCACAAGAAAUUCUUUCACACUCGUUUUCUAAUGCGCAUGAGGUUAACACCUGACUGUUCAAAAAUGUUGAUUUCAACUUCGUCCGGUUAUCUAUUAAUUUUGCAUGAUUUAGAUCUGACAAAGUCCUUAGAGGUUGGCAGUUAUCCUAUACUGAGAGCAAGAAGAACCGCUUCCACUUCAGAUGUGACUACAUCACCUACAUCCUCUGAUGCCAGACCAUCAAGCUCUCCGUGUCAUCACAGUGAUUUGGGCUCACUAUUCGAGAAACACACUUCCCGUGCCUCACAAAGAGAAGGCACUUCCCCCCGUAACAGCCUAGAGGUUUUAACCCCAGAAGUUCCAGGGGAGAGAGAUCGCGGAAACUGUAUUACAUCACUACAACUCCACCCCAAAGGCUGGGCUACACUGCUACGCUGCUCCAGCAAUACUGAUGACCAAGAGUGGACCUGUGUGUAUGAGUUUCAGGAAGGAGUUCCUGUACCUCCAAUUUCUCCUCGCUGCUCUUUGAGACUAACCCACUACAUUGAAGAAGCCAACGUAGGCCGAGGCUAUAUUAAAGAACUGUGCUUCAGCCCAGAUGGACGCAUGAUUGCCUCUCCGCACGGAUAUGGGAUCCGCUUGUUAGGAUUUGAUUCCCAGUGCAGUGAGCUUGUAGACUGUUUGCCUAAAGAAGCUGGAACUUUACAGGAAAUUCGAUCUCUAUAUUCUCAUAAAGAUGUAGUGCUGACAACAAAGUUCUCUCCCACACACUGUCAGAUAGCAUCAGGGUGCCUUAGUGGGCGGGUCUCCCUGUACCAGCCCAAGUUCUAACUACUAGGCAACAUAUUCCCAUGACCAGGAUGAGGAUCAACGUGUUGCCAGCUCUUAGAACAGACAUCAGUAUGUACCCAUUGCCUGAAGAUAUCAAAUCUAUUAUCUUUAGAUACUAGUUUUAGUCGGGAAGGAGACUGCACUGGUUUUAAUGGUGACUUUAUUUUUCUCAGUUGGAUAUUAUGUUCUAUAUUUGGUUCAACUCCAAAAAAAUCAUACAUUAGAAAUUAAGCCUCUGCUUUCACAUAUUUGCAAGUUUCACUUUAGCACAUUUAGUAAUAGAGAUGUUCUUAAUAAAUAAUAUAAUAAGCCCAUAUAUAGCUCCAACUGGUGACAGCAAAAAACUGUAGCUAUAUAUUUGUCAUUAUUUAAUUACAAUGUACAAUGGGGUAUAUUAUGUAAUGAAUGUUACUGAGCUGUGCUUGCUGUUGGUCUUCUUACCAAUUAGGUAAUCAGGCUUCAAGGUCCCAUUACUAAAGUGAUAAUGAAAUGAUGUAAAGCUGCUGUGUCAUGUGACUGUCAUUGCAUUUAAUCCACAUGACCUGUUACUCGCAGUUUGCAGCCACUGUUUUUAGACGUGGGGUUUUUCUUUGUUUUGUUUUUGACUAUGGAAAAGAUUUUUUGUAGAACAUGCAUCAAUUAUUUUUGAAAUGUGUUUCCUAGUGGAAUAAUGUGUAUUAAGUAAAAGUCUCAUCUAUGGUAACCUUUCUUGUUGUACUAAAUAUUGUUAUUUACAAGUAUAAAGUGACAUACAUGAGCUUUCACAUAAAUUGACUCUUUAAUCAAAACAGUAUUGGAACGUGGAAUGAAUCUACCAAAGAAGUACACCCGAGUAAAGUAACUGAGCAUCAGUGUACUUCACUGACCACAAUCUUGGUUGGCAAGAAGCUGCCAAAUGUUCUAGGAAGUGCAGUCUUUGCUGUGUGUGAAUAUUGGCGGAUCUUACAGGAUAUGUGGAUGGCAUCAAACACAGUAACGCCGAAAGUAGCUAUCUUUAUAGGAAAACUCCAAAAGAUACUCCAUGAAAUACUACUUUUAAAUAAAUAAAUAUAUUUAAAUUCUA